UUUUAAAGAUUGAGUAACGUGCCUUUUUCUCCUCACCAAUAAGAACUUUUCUGGUUUCUCCUUCCUUGUCUCUUCCACAAGAGCCUCUGAUUUCAGAAUUUUCUUUUUCAUCAUUAUUUUGCUUAUUGAUUUCUUUGGCUAUUUUUCUGAUUCCUUUUACAUUUUAAUCUGCUGGGCAUUGACCAUUUCUGUUUCCUUUUCUUAUUCCAAAUAGGACUGCCUUUCUGUAACAAUCCCAUUUCUUGAAAUCACAUUUUCAAGACUUGUUUUUGUAUUGUUCAGAAAGACUAUACACUCCUUUGGUAUGUGUUUGAUUUUAUUUUUAAUAAUGAAUUUGGGGUUUCUCUAGCAAGAAUCAAUCUAUGAUCUCUGUGGUUUUCACCACCCUUUUGGGCAUUUGUCUUCUUCAAUCGUUCUCUGUAUUGUUUCUCUACCAUUUCUAUGUCAUUUCAUGAACACCCUUUUCCCUUUAACUGCUCUUGAUUUUAUUCUUGAGUCCCAAUUUUUCAUUGAAACCAAAACAACAUAAGAAUACUGAAGGAAACAGAGAAGAAAAUAUGUCAGCUUUAAGGCAAAGUGGUAGUAGUUCUGCAUCAGAAGGAGAUCAGAGAUAUGCAUGCAUGGAUGAAAAGAAAAGGAAAAGAAUGAUUUCAAAUAGGGAAUCUGCAAGGCGAUCAAGGAUGAAGAAACAAAAGCUUGUGCAAGAAUUGACAAAGGAAGUCAGCAAAUUACAAGUUGCCAACAGAACCAUUGUGGCUAAAAUUGAAGAGACUACAGAGAGGUUGACAUAUUGCACUGCUCAGAAUAAUGUGUUGAGGGCACAGGAAAUAGAGUUAACAGAUAGGUUAAAGUCUCUGAACGAUUUGAUUAAUCAUAGUGGUUUGGUUACUGAUGUUACUAAUGUUGCUGACUGUUUGCUGAAGCCAUGGCAGAUCACUUGUUCAAUGCAGCAAAUCUCUGCAUCUUCAGGCUUGUUCCAAUAUUGAAAUAUUCAAAAAAAAAGUUGGUUGUCUUUGUGGAUUAUUGGAUCCCUUUGCUUCACUUGUCCAUAUUUGUUUGUUUAGUGUUCAAUGCAACUAAUACCUAAGGUUUGUUUAAAUUUUGAUAUCAAUUGGUUGUCUUUAUGCCUA